AUGCAGAACCGAGCACAGACUGAGGCGGUAGACCUGGUGUCGGACUCCGACACGGAGGACAGCGAGGACAUGACGGGCAGCGAGCAAGGAGACCCCUCCUGGAUCUCCUGGUUCUGCGGCCUGAGGGGAAAUGAGUUUUUCUGCGAGGUUGACGAGGACUACAUAGAGGACGACUUCAACCUCAGCGGCCUCUCAGGGCUGGUGCCUUACUACGAGUACGCGCUGGACAUGAUCCUGGACAAUGAGCCGCCGCAGGACAUGAUGCUCACAGAGUCACAGCAGGAGCUUCUUGAGAACGCGGCCGAGAUGCUGUAUGGCCUCAUCCACGCCCGCUACAUCGUCACCGCGCGCGGCCUGGGGGCGAUGCUGGAGAAGUUCAAAAACGUCGACUUCGGGCGGUGCCCUCGCGUGCUGUGCGAGGGGCAGCCGUGCCUUGCCGUUGGCACGAGCGACCUGCCAGGCCAGGCGACCGUCAAGAUCUUCUGCCCAAAGUGCGAGGACAUCUACUAUCCACGGAUAGACUACCAGUGCUCGAUCGACGGCGCAUUCUUCGGCAGCACCUUCCCCCACCUGCUGUUGAUGACGUACCCUAUGUAUCGGCCCCCGCGCAGCGCGGACGCUUACACCCCCAGGGUGUUCGGCUUCAAGCUGCACCCGUCUGCCUACAACAACGGCGGCUCCGGCGAGCGCGGCCCCGGCGUGCGGCAAAUCGCGGCUGGCGCGCGAGCAGGCAACGGCGGUGCGGGGGCAGGUGGCGGCGCCGGCGCGGCAGACGGGGCCGCGCAACAGGCGCGCGGGGGUGGCGGCCCCAGCGGCAGCGGUGCCAACGCCACGGGUGGAGGCGGGGGCGCGAGGGCGGGCGGCGGCGGCGCCGGCGGAGGCGGCGGAGCGGGCGGUGGUGGCGGGCAGGGCGAUGAAGAGGACAUGGCUGCGGGAAGCCAAGAGCAGCAGCACACACCUCCGCCGCAGCAGCAGGAGCAGCAGCAGCAGCAGCAGCAGCAGCGCCAGGCGCAGCAGCGGCCCGGCCAACAGGCCGAGGCAGCUGGGACGUCGGGCAGCGUUUGA